AUGGCUCGUACCAAGCAAACCGCCCGUAAAUCGACCGGAGGAAAGGCUCCAAGAAAGCAAUUGGCCACCAAGGCUGCCCGUAAAUCGGCUCCAGCCACCGGUGGAGUCAAGAAGCCACACAGAUACCGUCCAGGAACUGUUGCUCUUCGUGAAAUUCGUCGUUAUCAAAAAUCGACCGAAUUGUUGCUCCGCAAAUUGCCAUUCCAAAGAUUGGUGAGAGAAAUCGCUCAAGACUUCAAGACCGACUUGAGAUUCCAAUCAUCGGCUGUCAUGGCUCUCCAAGAGGCUGCUGAAGCUUAUUUGGUUGGACUCUUCGAAGACACCAACUUGUGCGCUAUUCACGCCAAGAGAGUUACAAUUAUGCCAAAAGACAUUCAACUUGCUCGCCGUAUCCGUGGAGAACGCGCAUAA